UGCGGGGUACGCGCGUGCUCUGCCCGUGUGCGCGCAGGGCUGGCAUCUCGGUGACGCCGUCUGAGCUUGGUGCUCGCAAAGCAGAGCAGGCGGAGCGGGCCGGCCGGGGCGGAGCGGAGCGGUCCGCAGAGCAGCCCCUCCCGGCCUCGGCCGACCCCAGCCCUCGUCCCGGCUCUAUGGACAGGAGCUCGCUGCUGCAGCUCAUCCAGGAGCAGCAGCUGGAUCCUGAGAAUACAGGCUUCAUCGGUGCGGACACCUUCGCUGGCCUGGUACACAGCCAUGAGCUGCCCCUGGACCCCACCAAGUUGGACAUGUUGGUGGCUCUGGCUCAGAGCAACGAACGGGGCCAGGUCUGCUACCAGGAGCUGGUGGACCUGGUCAGUGCCAUGAUCAGCAGCAAGCGUUCCAGCAGCUUCAAGAGGGCCAUUGCUAAUGGACAGCGGGCGCUGCCUCGGGAUGGACUGCUAGAUGAGCCAGGCCUGGGUGUCUACAAGCGGUUUGUGCGAUAUGUGGCCUACGAAAUCCUGCCCUGUGAGGUGGAUCGUCGCUGGUAUUUCUACCGGCACCGCAGCUGCCCACCCCCUGUGUUCAUGGCCUCUGUCACCCUUGCCCAGAUCAUCGUGUUCCUGUGCUACGGGGCACGUCUCAACAAGUGGGUGCUCCAGACCUACCACCCUGAAUACAUGAAGAGCCCUCUAGUGUACCACCCAGGACACCGCGCUCGCGCCUGGCGCUUCCUCACCUACAUGUUCAUGCAUGUUGGGCUGGAGCAGCUAGGGUUCAACGCCCUCUUGCAGCUCAUGAUUGGGGUGCCUCUGGAGAUGGUACACGGUGUACUUCGCAUCAGCCUGCUGUACCUGGCAGGUGUGCUGGCAGGCUCCCUGACUGUCUCUAUCACAGACAUGCGUGCCCCUCUUGUAGGGGGCUCUGGAGGGGUCUAUGCCCUGUGCUCAGCACACCUGGCCAAUGUUGUCAUGAACUGGGCUGGGAUGCGGUGUCCAUACAAGCUGCUGAGGAUGGUGCUGGCUCUGGUGUGCAUGAGUUCCGAAGUGGGCCGGGCUGUGUGGCUGCGCUUCUCCCCACCACUGCCUGCCUCAGGCCCACAGCCCAGCUUUAUGGCACACCUGGCUGGUGCAGUGGUAGGUGUAAGCAUGGGCCUUACCAUCCUUCGAAGCUAUGAGGAGCGCCUGAGGGACCAGUGCGGCUGGUGGGUGGUGCUACUUGCCUAUGGCACCUUCCUGCUUUUCGCCAUCUUCUGGAACGUCUUUGCCUAUGACCUGCUGGGUGCCGAUAUCCCCCCUCCACCUUGACCUGCUCCUUAGGGCCAUAUGGCUAGAGCCUGGCCUGCAGUGGGUCAACCACCAGGUGGGCCUGCAUGUCUGCCCUUAUGAAUGGACCUGCUUUUCCCCACAGGGGCAGGCGGGCCCUGUGGUCCACCAGGUUGAGGCCAAGUCUUACCGAAGCCCUUGCUGCCCCUCCCAGGCCUUUCUGGGGGAGGGGUACUACUAGGCUGGGGCUGGGUGGAGGUCCUUGAAUGUGGCCCUAGAGGAGAACCCCUUCUUCCCCACCGAUCCCCAGGACUUGCAGUCUGAGCCUUUUUGGAGAAUGAAUAAAUAUUUUACACAGCACUA